AUGUAUUCAAUCUUGUUUAUUGACCUGUCUUCCGAUGACAUAGUGGUCAACAUCCCAGAGAUGCCACAAGACCGGUACUGGGUCUUUCCCAUAUGCACGCCGUACGGCGACAAUUUGAUCAACAUUGGGAACCUUGGAGUCAGCAAGCCUGGAGAGUAUCUCAUCCAAUACGACCCGGACAACUACGGCCUCGAGACCGAGAACAUCCCUGAUGGCUUCGCCGGAGUCAUCAAGUACCCCAUGGCAUAUGGGCUGGUGAACUCUAGAAUCCUCACAGACCGAUCCGAGGAAGACGUCAAGAUUGUCCAAAAGCUUCAGCUGGGCUUCAACGUUUCUCGCACUAUCCCCAGACCUGAGCCGCCGAUCGCUCCGCCACUGGAUCUCACCAUGUUCACCAAACCAGAGUACAAUGACGGCAACAUAUCGUCCUAUUACGAGGCCGUCAUGAAAGUUGCCGCCGCGCUCGCUCCGUACAAUCCGCCCUACGUUGCCUCAGACAGGGAUUGGGUCGCCGCGGAACUGCGCAAGGCGGGUUUCAACAACAGAACAUUCACUCAACCACGAGGAUCCAACCUGACUGCGGCGGUAGAGCUUGCCAACAAGACCUCCCUCGCUUUCAUGGAUAAGCCUGGUGUUCGUCAAGAUGUUGGGAACGACUGGUUCAUCGUCUCUGAAGGGUAUAUCGGGAAGUUUGACUCUCACUACGAAGCUCGGUACCAGAUCGCAACCACGGCAUACUUGGCUCUCGACCCUUCAGAGAGCGUGUACCCCUUUCACGAAGGGGAUCUUGUGGUCGAAGAGGGGAAGUCUAUUUUAUUUACCUUCCCCGAGCCCCCGAAAAUCAAGGAUGGCGGGUUUUGGAGUCUCACGGUGUACGGUCCGGACCAAGAUCUCGUUCCAAACGACAUGGAAAAGUACAUGGUUGGUGAUAGGAGCAAUCUGACAUUUCCGGAUGGAACUCCAGUUGCGAAGGGGGAUCAUAGAGAGUUUCAAGUACUGCUCCAGGCCUCUGGUAUUGAGCCUCCUACAAACUGGACAGCUAAGUGA